CGACCCCAGCCUAUUUGUAUCCAUCAUGGCUUUAUUUUCAAAGGCUUGUGCUUGUGAGUUAAAAACUCUUCUUUGACCAGAAACAGAGCGGGGGAGGCUCAGAAAUGGAGAGAAGUGAAGAAAUUGGGAAAGAAAAUGGGGAUUCAGAGCAGAAGCAGAGCGUUACAGAUGGAUCGAUUUGUGGGUACGAGUCACUUGACCGCCUUCUGAGCGCAAAUCUCCAACCCCAAGUCUGUCAGGAAGUCAGUCGCUUGCUUCUAGGGCUGAGUUGUGGACAGCCACUUCAAAGUAUAGCUAUCCCAGAGUCUGCUAAAUCUCUCUCUUCAGAACAUGAUUUUGACCUCCAGGCUUUCAGCUUCUGUGCUGACAAAGAGUUAUUGAGAGAAUCUCGAAUGGUGAGGGUUGGUCUCAUUCAGAACUCGAUAGUUCUUCCAACAACUGCUCCAUUUUUGGACCAAAAAAGGGCCAUCUUUCAGAAACUGAAGCCAAUCAUUGACACUGCUGGUGCUUUGGGAGUCAACAUACUAUGCUUGCAAGAAGCAUGGAUGAUGCCAUUUGCCUUUUGUACGCGUGAAAAGAGGUGGUGUGAAUUUGCAGAGCCUGUUGAUGGGGAAUCUACUCAAUUUCUUCAGGAAUUUGCUCGCAAGUAUAACAUGGUUGUUAUAAGCCCAAUUCUUGAGAGGGAUGUAAAUCAUGGGGAGACAAUCUGGAAUACUGCCAUCAUAAUUGGAAACCAUGGUAACAUAAUUGGCAAACAUCGGAAGAAUCAUAUCCCUAGGGUGGGGGACUUCAAUGAGAGCACAUAUUAUAUGGAGGGAAAUACUGGGCAUCCUGUAUUUGAGACAGCUUAUGGGAAAAUUGCUGUUAACAUAUGUUAUGGGAGGCACCACCCUUUGAAUUGGUUGGCCUUUGGCUUGAAUGGUGCAGAGAUUGUCUUCAACCCUUCAGCUACUGUUGGUGAACUGAGUGAACCAAUGUGGCCCAUUGAGGCACGUAAUGCUGCAAUAGCAAAUAGCUAUUUUGUUGGGUCAAUCAAUCGUGUUGGAACAGAGACAUUCCCUAAUCCAUUCACUUCAGGGGAUGGAAAGCCUCAACAUUCGGACUUUGGACAUUUCUAUGGAUCCAGUCACUUUUCAGCACCAGAUGCUUCAUGCACCCCAUCACUCUCUCGUUACAAGGAUGGAUUGCUGCUCUCAGACAUGGAUCUUAAUCUCUGUAGGCAACUGAAAGACAAAUGGGGAUUCAGAAUGACUGCUCGGUAUGAGUUAUAUGCAGACUUGCUUGCUCGAUAUUUGAAACCAGACUUCGAACCUCAGGUCAUUUCAGAUCCUUUAUUGCAUAAGAAGUCUUCUUAAGUUCCAGGUACACUCAAGACUGAAAUUUGUAAGGAGUGAAUGAUGAUGAAGAUGAAACAUGUCUUAAAUAACGUGCUUAUUUGUCUGCUGAGAAUAAGUCAUUUGGUGUUUAUUUUUGUAAAUACUUGGUUACUUAAUGUUGAAUAAAUUAUUGAGUUCCAU